AUGGUUUGUUUGAUGACUAUUCUCAUAUUAGCAGCUGUUUAUCCUGAGUGCCGACUAUCGGAGAAGGGGAUGGAGUACGUCGGGAAAACGAACGUGACCGAGACAGGGAAAGCAUGCCUCAGGUGGGAUUCCGAGCAAGUGACUUCUUCGUACGAAUCCCUGGAUGCAGGAUUCAAUGAAGUCUUGUUCUACGAGGAGCACUUCAUAAACCAGGACCCAUCCUUGCACGAAAACUUCUGCCGAAACCCGACUGGGUUGGCUAGGCCCUGGUGCUUUGUCGACGAUGAUGGCGUGAAGAUGGAGUUUUGCUGGAUUCGUCUCUGCGAUGAUUUCAGUGAGAAUUUUCAUGAAUUCUUCUGGAUUCUGGGAAGGUGGGGGGUGGACCUGGAUAACAAUCAAGCAGGGAUUCUAGACAUGUAUUUAGCUGGAGGAAUUAUGAAUUACGCCUACAUCCUAAGAGGAUCCAAGGCCGUGCCAGAAUGCAAGUUGAGCCAGAAGGGAGGGGAGUACGUAGGCGUGAAGGACAAGACCAUCUCCGGCUUCGAUUGCAUUCCGUGGCUGGAUGCAGACAGCAGCGGUGGGGACAGGAUCCGUGGGGACCGCGAAGGAUCAUUCUCGGAUGAACUCACUGACAGCCACAAUUUUUGUCGGAACCCGAACGGGAACCCGGGUGGUCCUUGGUGCAACAUCGAAGUUCCGCAAAAGCCCAACCUGAAAUGGGAGUAUUGCGAUGUAUCCUUCUGCGAUUUGGGCGCUUCCCGGAGAACCGGCGAGUCUGGAGACCAAUACGAGUCAAAUGGAGGAGUAAUGCAGCCCAAUUACGAAACAUGUCGGAUUACGGAGAUGGGGAAGGAAUACUACGGUGAAGAGAAGACGACGGAAACAGGGAAGGAUUGCGAAAUCUGGCCCAAUAAGAUAUACGACGAUUUUCCAAUAUCACUUUUCUCCCACCUACCAUUCCAAGAUCGCCAGUUCCCUGGACCGACUCAGAAGAUCCGGUUUUUUUUCGGCCGAUGGACGGAGUUAGCUGAACCAAACAAACAAAUCUCAGAAGAAAAUAACUCCUGCCGGAAUUAUGGUUCUAUGGAGCGACCCUGGUGCAUCGUUUCCCUUGCGAACCUUACCUGGGAGUACUGUGACAUCCCGCUCUGCCAUGGUCCCAAAGUCUUUGAAUGGUGUCUUGAUUGCACAGAGCCUGCGGAAUGUAUGCAAACGACGAAUGGACGAGAGUACUUAGGGUUGAAGAAUGUGACACGGUCGGGGAAGAAGUGCCAGCCCUGGCUGAGCCAAAUGCCAAACGUACAUUCGACCAUCCUCCGCCUGCCGAUGUUCCCCGAUCCUGUCGUGGACAGUCGUCACAACUACUGUCGGAAUCCCGAUCUCGAUAAGAAGGGACCUUGGUGUUACAACGGAGAGGGUACCAAUCCAGAAUGGGAAUAUUGUGAUAUUGAGUUUUGCGAGGGGAUGAAUUGA